CCCUGACGCAAUCCGUGGCCCGUCGAGCUGAGCAGGUGUCGGCCCGCGGCGCCCCCGCCACAGCCGUGCACAGUUUCUGCUUUGUUCGGAAUUUGGCAGUGUACGCGCUUCACUCACUACACAAAGCAAAGCAGGGAGUCACGCACUACUUGUUUGACGGCGGGCGCGAGGCGAGAGGCACGACGACGGUGGUUUUUCCCUUUCCAUUUCUAUUUCCCCGCCCGACCAACCGACCAUCAGCUGGCUGCGGGCGGUCGCUUCCGGUCUGUGGCAAGGCAGCCAUUUGUGGAACGCACCCAAUGACAAUGACAGCAACAACCCAAACAAUUUGAUUGCCAUUGACGCAGGUUAUGAAGAGGAUUAAGUUCUGCUAGUUGACCUUGUAGUUUUCUUGAAGUAAGUGUUUGUCUGAGAGAAACGCAGUUAACAGGUUUCAUUCAUUCCCUAGGAAGUUUGUGUUCCGUGUCACUUGCCGUUUCUGAUUGCCCACAGGAAAUUGGAGCAUGCACAAUGGAAUCAGGAACAGUAACAAGAGUUUUAAAAGAUGUACACACGACAAUGGAUGGCGAACUCAGUCUCAUGAGGGGCGACAUCUUUCAGGUUAUUGAAAUUAUUGACAAAUACUGGUGUUAUGGGAACUCUUCUGGUCGAAUCGGCAAGUUCCCAUGUGACCAACUCAUUCCGAUUGAAACACCUGAAGUGAAAGAUAGUGAACAACUAUUCCUUGCCAUUGCUGACUUCCCUGGGGAACAAGACGGAGACCUUAAGUUCUACAAAGGUGAGUUCAUUAUCGGCGAGAAUAAAUUGGAUGAACAUUGGUGGCAAGGGAGGAUCACACAAAAUCGUAGAGGUGUUUUUCCUGAUACUUUCACUUGGCACUUAAGUUCAACUUCUCAAAAGGUUAAAAAAAAAUCAAAUGUUAUGAAUGUAAUGGCUCGAGUUAAAAUGAGUUUAAAAGCACAGCUGGAUGAAGAAAUGGACCUUCACAUAGGAGAUAUUGUCACCAUCCUUGAAGAAACUGAUAAAGGGUGGUAUCGGGGUGUGUGUGGAACAAACUCUGGUAUUUUCCCAGCUGCCUAUGUCACUCUUCUAGAAGACAAUGCUGCAUCAAGUCUCGAUUGCUCAAAAACAUAUGCUCAGGAUAAUAGGGAGUAUAAUGGUGGCGGCUCAAGCUCUAGUAAAAUUUCAAAAAACAAUUCUGUCAACAACAACAUGACUAACAACAAUGACCGAUAUUGCAAUAUUGAAUCAGAAUCAUCUAUGAAAGACCUUAUGACAUUUUCUCCUGAGAAGGAAGUCAAACCUGUUGUGGAAGAAAAACCUACAAGUAUGGUCUCGGAGCUUGAAAUUCUGAAUGAUGAUUACUUUAAAGUAAAUAUGCCAUCGUAUUACUCUGGAAGUUCUGGUUUAGAAACUGAUAACUCCGGAUUGCAAACAGAAAGAAGCAGUUCUGGCUCAUCAUACCUGACAGAAUUGGUCAGUGAGCUGGAUGAUGGUAACAUUCAACCUUAUGGUAUGACACUUUAUCCAUUCUAUGCCCAGUAUGCCAAUGAGCUUAGUUUCCAUGAAAAUGAAAUAGUUCACCUCAUUCGCCAUCUAGAUGAUGAAUGGCUUGAAGGUGAAAUUGAUGGAAGAAAAGGAAUUUUCCCUGUGAGCUAUGUCAACAUUCUUGUAGAUUGUGAUAGAGGGUGGAAAGGUACCAGUAUUGGUUUGGAAGAUAUUGCCAGUCUAUCUUGUCUUUCUCCUCGGUCAUAUGCCAAAGUCAUGUAUAGUUUUGAUGCACAAAUGAAUGGCGACCUUUCUGUUAAAGAAGGUGACAUUGUGAUGGUUAUGAAAAUUGUUGAUCAAGAUUGGUGCGAAGUGCGUAAUCAGUCAGGAAACACUGGCUUGUGUCCUUCAAACCACCUUGCCCCUCACAAUGAAUCUGAUACAAGCACACUAUUUAGAUCUUCUAGCUUUACUAGCAAUUUGGAGCCACUCUUAGCCAGUAAACCAUUGCCCAGGACGUUUGAACCACAUGAUUUUGCUGUUGAAUAUAGGAAAAAGCCCAACAAAGUAGAAGAUUUAAUUUCUAAAAAUUUAUCCGGGCUUGACAUAAUUCCUGUCAAAAGAAAAUCACCUGUUGGUAGGGGUUUUAUAGAUUUCAAGGAAGAACUAAGUGAAACAAUGAAGAAAGAAUCUGAUGAGCAUAGCAACAACCUUGAGGAGUCUUUUGAAAUUGUUGAAGUUGAAGAUGGUUGUAAACCACCAUCGUAUCCUCCUCCACCACCUCCCUCAGAAAUGUCAGCAAGUGCCAAAGUCUCCCAAGAUGCUCCACUACCACCAGAGAUACCCUACAAAUCAAAACCAAAGAGUGAUGGAGCUGCUUCAGUUGAAACUGCUCCACCAGCUCCUGAACGCCCUCAGCGUCCUCCUCCUCCAGCAAGACGAACUAGUAUUGACAGGGCUCCACACCGACCUGCACCACCUGUGCCAAUUGCUGGUCAGACACCUGUCCGCAGGAGCUUAAAACGGUUACCAAGACAGACAUCAGCUCCUUGUGUAUUAUCUGAUGAAACAAAUGAUGCUGAGGAAAUUCAGGAACUUAUAAUGAAGAAAGAAAAGCAACUCCAGGAAAUGCAGAUUGUAAGGGAAGAAAUUGAAACUGAACUGGAGCAGAGUGAAGAGAGUUGUCCCCGAUCAGAGGAGUUGCAGCAGUGUGGCGCAUUGUAUGAUCGUAAGAUGAAAAGACUGAAGAUGGAUAUUCAGCAUUAUAGAGAAAAAUUGGACCUCGCAGAGGCUCAUUCAUCUACUUCUCAAUCAGCAAAACUAAAAACAUCUGAUAAUAAUGAAGAGAAACGUAAAAAAAUGAAGGAACAGAGACAAAAUGUUAUUUCGGAACUAGUAAUGACAGAGAAGGAAUAUGUUAGAGAUCUUAAAAUGACCUACGAAGUUUUUAAUUUGCAUAAUCCUACCAUGUUACAAGAAAGGGGGAUAAACGUAAAGGCUCUUUUUGGAAAUAUCUUGGAAGUUAUGCAGGCUGCUGAGGAAUUCUUAGAUUCACUGCAGUUUGCUAUGAAAGGGAAGUCUGAUGAAAACCAAUGUGUAGGACCUGUAUUUCUGAAACAUGCAGAUCUUAUCAAAAAGGUUUAUAGUGAAUACUGUGCAAACCAUGAAAAUGCUCUAGGUCUUUUAGAAAAGUAUAAAACUAUACCAGCAGCUCAAGCCGUUUUUGAUAAAGCAAUGGAGACUUUAAGGUAUCAAGUGACUUGCUUCAACGUGGGCUCAGUACUUAUCAAGCCUGUCCAAAGACUCUUGAAGUAUCCUCUUAUGUUAAAUGAACUCAUUAAAUGCACUGAAGAUCAACAUAAGGACAAGUCAGAUUUGCUAAAAGCUGUUCAAGUUUACACCAAUAUGGCUUCUGACAUAAAUGAAUUCAAACGCAGAAAAGACAUAGUAUCUAAAUAUCUAGGAGACGGAACAUCAACUCUUGUACGGAAAAUGGCGAAACUCAACUAUCAUUCUGUUGCCAAAAAAUCUUCUCGCCUCAGUGCUAAACUGUCAUCAUCACUUGGGUUGAGCUUGGCUCCCAAAGAUGAGUUGUUCCUUGAACAGGAGCGAUCAUUUCACUCGUUAGAGAAAACACUGCGCAUUUUCCUAAGGAACCUGGAUGUUCUUUUAAACCACUUGCAGGAAGAAGUGGUAGACCUGUUUCACCUAAGUGAAGCAUUGGGAGCAUUCUACAUGGAGCGUAAAAAUGAUCAAGAUGUAGAUGAAUUUCGUACAACUCAGCGCCUUAUUAUGAACAACUAUUGGCAGGAUUUCAAAACUGUGGUUGAACGUCGAGUGACUACACCUCUCAUGUCCCUGCUUGAACUAUUUGAAGGCCCAUGCAUGCUCAUUGAGAAGCGCAAUGAUAAGCUACUAGAUUAUGACAAUUGUCUUGCCAAAGCUGAUAAAAAUAAAGAAAAUAGACAAUUACAAGAAGAGCUUUUCAAAAGCAAGACCAAUUAUGAGGCUCUGAAUCAUCAGCUUUUAGAAGAUUUACCAAAACUGAUUGAAUCAAGCACUGAAAUUCUUGUUGAGUGUUUGUCAGCAUUGUUAGCUGCACAAAAAUUAUUUUCUGGAAAAAUAACAAAGCAGUAUUUAAAUCUCAUGGAGAUUCCAUCAUUAUCCUUGGCUUCUGGAGACGCAAUUGAAGCUUUUGCUGUAAAACAUUACCUAGUUUGCAAUCAGUUGGGGCGUCUCAGUUUCUGCACUAAAUCAUUUAAAGAAUCGGGAGGUAAUAAUAGGAAAUCUCUGAAAACAUCGCCCACUCCAGCUAGACAGUUGGGGACAGAUGGUCAGAAGUUGAGUCAAAGUACUAGUCAACGGGCUUUCCUCCAAAGUAAAUAUCCUUCAGACAAGCUGUACUGUGUAGUCAAGGAUCAUGUGGCAGCUGGCCCUUUAGAUCUUUCUAUUAGCACAGGCCAUUUAGUGGCUGUCAUAAAAAAACAAGAUCCAAUGGGAAACUCCACUAGUUGGUUUGUGGACAAUGGAGGGGCUCAAGGAUUUGUUCGACAGAAUUGUCUGGAGCCUGCUCCUGCAGCAAACAGACAUUCUUUAUCCCCAUCUUCAAGCAAUAAUUCAAGCAUCAGCUCUUGUGCCACACCUUCUCCCAACAAAUUACGCCCUGACUCAGCCUUAAGCAGAAGGUCUAGUGAUUCAGACCACAGCCCGCGUCAGUCUCUUCCUCCUCGGAAAACAUCUGCUAAACAGCCUGCACCUUCCCAAGCAGGGAAUUUGCCUCCAUCUUAUGAGGAAGUGACUGGGACCUCAAACUCUUCUAACUUGUACGAUGAAGUGCAUUCUGAAACAGUUCACCGCUAUGAUGAAGUUCCUAAUACAGAUGUUGAUAAUACUUAUGAACAGAUACAAACUGUAAAUGAAAUUGAAACCCCUGAUGAUCUUGAUUCAUCAUGUGAAUCUGAGUUCUACUACUGUUUGUAUGAUUUUGAUGGAAUGGGUAAUCAAACUUUGCCUGUGAAAUGUGGUCAGGUUGUGAAAGUUUUGAAAAUGAAAGAUCUGAAAGGAAAUGAAGAAUGGUGGUAUGUUGAAGACAGGUACGAAAAUAAGGGCUUUGUGCCUGCGAAUUAUCUUCACCCGUAUGCAGACUCGUAAGUAAUGUAGGCUUCAAUUGAACAUCUUACCAGCACUCAUUGUUUUCUUUCCUUAUAUUGCAAUGUUUUUGACAAGUGUAAUGUGUUAUGUAAGCCUUAUCAAACUUUGUUAAGACCUUAUCUUUUACAAUGUAUUUGUACUGUCUACAGUAUUUCUUGAUGUUUCUAAGAGUUAAUUUCUUAGUGUGAAAUCAGAUUGAUAUUUAUCAUUAUUUUAUUAUCAAAUCAAGUUGGCGCUUCCAAUGAAACUUUAUUUCUGUUUCUUUUGACUUGAUCUGUAAUCAAAUUGUACUUCCACUUAUUUUUUAAAAUUUCAUCUUAUUCUCUUCUUCUAUGGUGUUUUCUUCCAGAGUGUCACUGCUUUUCUCUAAUGUGUACUUUUUAUAAGACUGAUUUAUCAUAUAGUAUUUACACUUUGAGGUUUUAAGUGGUCUACUGAGUGUGACUAUCCCCAAAGCUCAUAGUUGACACAUCUAUUGUGUAUAGUGCCAUUGUUAUUCUGUACUUAUUGUGACGGUGAAAAUAAUGCCCUGUGCCUUUUUUUAGUCUUCUUUUAGUUUUCUCUAGUCUUUAAAGGAAAUUAAAAUCAAAAUUAGCAACCUGCAAGCAGCACAGGACUUAGUCUAGGGUAGUAUGGUCAUUAUGAUCAAUUUUGUAGACACUGUAUUGAUACCGUAAUUAUGAAAUGAUUUGAUACAGCCAGACCAAAGUUUAAUUCUCUUUUCAUCUUUUUAUGUUCAUAAUGUUUCUUGAGCAUUGUUACUUGUUUUGCUCCAUUGUUUUAUUAUUAUUGUUAUUUUUGUUGUUGUAUUAUUAUUGUUGUAAUUAUUGUGAUCUGGUGUUUCUUUUUCUUUGCAUAUUUAUCUUGUUGAUUGAUAACAAAUCACUAUUAGGUUCACAGGGCAAAGAGGAGAGUUUCCUUCCAUUGCAGUGUUUUGAUUUGGCCUACAUUUGUGUUUGUUCAUCAUGCAUUAAAAUGAAAAUAUUCAGGAGCUAAUGACCACAUAUUUAACUGAGCAAUAAAAUAUUUUUGCCUGAUGACGUUUUGUGGAAU